AUGAAGGGGCUCUUUUCCAAGGGCUCCAAGAGCAAUGGGGCUGCCACCGCCCCCUCGACCACUGCGGUGCCCGUCAAGAAAGAGCUGAUUCCCCAGAUCUCCCCGUUGGAGAAGCGGUUGCAAGAUAUGGGUUCGAUCCGCGACGAUGGCAGUGACAAGUUCUUUGGCAUGGAAAACUACGGAAACACAUGUUACUGCAAUUCGAUUUUACAAUGUCUUUACUACUCCGUUCCCUUUCGCGAAGCCGUGAUUAACUACCCGCAACGAACGCCACUGGACAGCCUCGAAGCCGCACUCGCCACCAACCUCCGAUACCAGAACCCUAACGCACACCUGGAAGCGGAGGCACUUGCUGCCAAGCAGAAGGCUUCGUCGCCACCAUCAGCACGUCAGGCUGGUGUUCCUCCGAACCAACCUCAGAAGCCCGAAGACAAGGACUCGCCGGAAUAUAAGAAGAAGGUCGCCCUCCAGACCCUUCCGAUCCUGGAGACAAAGAAUAAUGCGACCAGCUAUGGAAUGUCCGAGUCGCUCUUCACCUCGCUCAAGGACAUCUUCGAGUCGGUGGUGGGCAGUCAGUCGCGAAUCGGAGUGAUACGGCCUCAGCAGUUCCUGGAUGUACUGCGGCGGGAACACGAAAUGUUCCGGACUGCCAUGCAUCAAGAUGCGCAUGAGUUCUUGAACUUGCUACUCAAUGAAGUGGUGGCCAAUGUCGAAACUGAAGCAACCAAGCAGGCUUUCUCUGAGAAGGCUUUGCCACCUACAGAAAGUGCCGACUCGCUGGGAAUGUUAACAUCCAGCACCGGAUCUAAAUCACCAAAUACAACGCGAUGGGUUCACGAGCUGUUUGAGGGAACUUUGACAUCUGAAACCAAGUGUCUUACAUGUGAAAAGGUCUCACAACGAGACGAGGUAUUUUUGGAUUUGUCUGUGGAUCUGGAGCAGCAUUCAUCUGUCACAUCGUGUCUUCGGAAAUUCUCCGCAGAAGAGAUGCUGUGCGAGCGAAACAAAUUUCACUGCGACAACUGCGGUGGACUUCAAGAAGCUGAGAAGCGUAUGAAGAUUAAGCGCCUGCCUCGUGUGCUGGCUUUGCAUUUGAAGCGGUUUAAGUACACGGAGGACCUGCAGCGAUUGCAAAAGUUGUUCCAUCGUGUUGUCUAUCCCUACCAUCUUCGUUUGUUCAACACUACAGAUGAUGCCGAAGACCCAGACCGAUUGUAUGAAUUGUAUGCAGUUGUCGUUCACAUCGGCGGUGGACCAUAUCACGGCCAUUAUGUCGCUAUCAUCAAAACAGAGGACCGUGGCUGGUUGCUGUUCGAUGAUGAGCUGGUUGAGCCAGUUGACAAGAGCUACGUCCGCAACUUCUUCGGCGAUCGCCCGGGACUGGCAUGUGCCUAUGUUCUGUUUUACCAAGAGACCACCAUCGAAGCUGUUAUGCGUGAGCAGGCUGAGGAGGAUCUGGCCUCCGCUACUGGCGCCGCUGAGACUGGUGAAGCGAAACAGAAUGGCUCGUCCAUGUCACCACCUCUGGCGCACGUUCAAAGCGCCAGCCAAGUACCUUCUCAUGACACGCCUCUCUCGCCUAUCAACCGAAUCCCAACGGCUCCUCAGUUGUCCACCCACAACGAAGCCCCAGAGCAUGAAACCCCUCCACCCCUACCAGUUCAAUCACCAGCUCAACCACCUCUUCCUUCGAUCCCCGAUGAACCUAUCCCUUCGUUAAGCCCGAAGAAGAGUGACUUCCAGCUUCGGCGGGAAAAGGCGAAAGAAGAAAAGGAACGUGAGAAGGAACGCCGUGCUGCGGAGAAGGAAAAGGACAAGAAUGAGAAGCUUCGCCAAAAGGAACAGGACCAGCAUAACCGAGAAAUGCACAAACGCGAGGCCGAGGAGCUGGAAAAAGCCCUCAAGGCUAGCAAGCUCGAGAUCAACGAACUCGGCGCUGAAAAUGGAUCGCCUAGGAAGUCAGGCUUCGGUUUCCUCCGACGAGGCAGUCGCAGCAUCAGCCAACGCCUGAACAAGGAGAAGGAGCCUCGUGUCUCGACGUCAGAUAUCUCAGUUACAGCACCUGUUCCAGAUUCAGUCCCAGAAGCCCCAGAGGUACCCCGGAAAGAGGUCCCUCGCAAGGACGUGCCCGUACCACGCAAGUCGGAAUCACUUCAGUCACCGAUAUCUCCAAUGUCCCCCAUGUCCUCAAUGUCCUCAGUGUCUCCCAAAGACAUCCCGCUAUCCAACAAGCAACCACUCCGGGGGCCAGAUCCCCUAACCAAAGACCACAACGUCAGCCACGAGAAGACCGGUUCUACCCACCGGUGGAGGUCCUUCAGUUUCAAAAAGAACGUCAACGGCGUCUCUUAA